AUGGCUGUCGAAUGUGCAAAUCUGUAUCACAAGGCUCAAGUUAGUUUGUACAAUGUUCUGGCUGCUAUGAGGGUUUGUACUUACUUUAAAACAAUACAUUCAAUUCGCUAUAUCCUGAUCAAUUUUCAUUUUGUGUUGCAGAUUGCUCGCAAGCUCAUUAUCAAUACAUUAAUAAUCCCAUUACGCAGAAAUGCUAGGAUUGUGGUACAUAUUGUAAAUCUUGCAAUUUGUAACUUGGUUGUGAGACAUGUUCUCCCGAAAACACUGGCAAUUAAGGAUGGGUAAAUGCCUUAGAUUCAUCUGCAACAUUUAACUAAACUGCAAAAAAAUGCGUUCAAUGGAAUUAAUGAUAUCUUAGAUAACUGUAUUCAGGGAGAGGAUGGUAAUGAUAUGAACUGUAAGAUGUGCUUGGAUUAAUACUUUGUCAACUCUAAGUUAGUUUGCUCCUCUUGUAAAAUCACUGACUGUCUAGAAUGUAAUACUAACUAUGAAUGUGAGUUAUGCGAUACUAAAAAUAUGAUAAGUUCUAUUUUAUAGCCAGGUUCAGGAACCUACAAGCAAUAGUGUUUAGACUGUAAUAAAAAUAUGCUUGGAUAUAGCUAAUUCUAUACUGAUUGUGCAAGUUGUCAGUUAAAUCCUUAAAACUAAUAAUAAACUAUUUGCAAUGCCUGUUUGAAUGGUUUUAUUGUAAACGGUGCUUGUCAAUCAACAUGCGUGAGAGGUAUUCCUUCCUAAUCUUAUUGCACAAACUGCCAUUCAUCUUGUGUUACCUGUAUUGGCUCAUCUAGCAAUUAAUGUAUAGGUUGUAAAGUAGGCUAAUACCUAGAAUAUUAAUAUCAAGGAGUCUCUUAUGGUACUUGCAUGGCAAAACAUGAGACUAGUAAAUCCUACAAACUUUAUGUGACUUCUGAAAACCCAUCUGAUAAUUACAAGCCAACCAUUGAAUCAGAUGGCUAUAAUAAUCCCUUUUACACUGUCGAGGAUGCUAUUCGUAAAGCAUUGGAGCUCUGUGCUCCAUCAAAAGAAACUUGCUCAGUUGAAAUAAAUUUGUAUAAGGGAGAUCAUUACAUACUUAGAUCAGCAAAGCAAUUCUAUAUGUCCUCUAGACUUGAUAACACACACUCAGUUACAAAUAUUACAAUAUUGCCUUUGUUUUGCUCUUAGAACAACUCAAAUCCAAAUAUAUGUGUUGAGGACAAUGAAAAGGUUACGAUCUAUAAUAAGUUCAGAGAUUAAUUGGCAUUAGCAGUAGGUUCUGGACUUACAAUUAAGAAUAUUGUGAUUGAUUGGAUUGAUUCCAUCAUCUUGCAUAAUGGUAACUACGGUUGUAAAAGUACAUUUAAAGCGACUGAUCAAUGCCAGAUUUCCGAUGGAUAUUCUUUUAUCAAGUUUGAUAUUACCUCGAAGACAAUCUUGACUAAACCACCUACAUUAAGGAUUUAAAAUUGCAUUUUCAGAAAUCUUUACUUCGAUUAUAAUACAUUUAUUGAAACCAACUCUUAUGGCGGCUACAUAGAGAUAUUAGAUACCAAAUUUGAACGAUUUGCAACUUGUGGCUCAAUUAUUAGAAAUUUCAAAUAAACUUACACCCCACCAAAUCUUUGA